GAAGUUCAACAUAUUUCCGAGUUUUUAUUACUAAGUGUGUGAAAGACCCCCCGAGUAGACUUUUGCUCAACUGUUUUCCGCGGGCGUUAUGUUCAAAAGACAUGAAAACCAUGCUAUUGCAAGCGAUACAACAUGUUGGAACACAGCUUUGGCAAGUCCCGUACGUCAAGUAGAAUUAAGCAGCUUCUGUCGCGAUCACCCAGAAGGCAUAGCGGUUGAUCAGCCUGCCGUUCCAGGUCGUGAAGCCCCGGAGCGGCGAAACGGCCAAGCAGCCGACACGUCAGGGACAAACAUCGAGCAAGGAUCUUCAGGGAGCAACAAGACUGGAGCACCUUGUCAACGAGGCGAGAGGACAUUGAUACAACCAGAACCGUCGGAGACACCAAGGACCUCAGGUGGCGAUAUCAAGGACAACCGAGUUACCAAGCCACCUGUAAUUACGAGUAUACCCGCAAUAAACCCACAAUGA